AUGAAACUCCUUGUGCUGGCUGCACUGCUCACAGUGGGAGCUGCCAAGGACCUGCGGGCCGUGUGGCAGCUGAGGAGCAUGAUCAAGUGCGCCAUCCCCGGCAGUAAGCCCUACUUAGAGUUCAACGACUACGGCUGUUACUGCGGCUUGGGCGGCUCAGGCACUCCUGUGGACGAUGUGGACAAGUGCUGCUACACACACGACAACUGCUACGACCAGGCCAUGAAGCUGAAGAGCUGUAAAACCCUCCUGGACAACCCCUACACCAACAGUUACUCGUUCUCAUGCUCUGGCACUGAGAUCACCUGCAGCAGUGACAACAGUGACUGUGAUGCCUUCAUCUGCAACUGCGACCGCCAAGCCGCCAUCUGCUUUUCAGAGGCUCCAUACAACAAGGAGAACAAGGACCUGGACCGUGAUAAGUAUUGUUAG